CAUGAAGAUCGCUGUGCUCCUCGCCCUCCUCUCAGUCAGUGAAUGCAGCAUCGUCAUUGGUCAAGUGGGUCAGAGUGUGACUCUGCCCUGUAGAUAUGACAUAAAGAGAAAUGGAGCAUGCUCAAUGUGUUGGAGUCGAGGAGAGAUUCCAAAUUCAGGCUGCAGCAACCCACUAAUAUCAACAGAUGGAAAUAAAGUGACACAAGGAGAUUCUAGAAAGUAUCAACUAUUAGGACGUCUGGACCGAGGAGACGUUUCUCUGACCAUCCUGAACCUCACGGAGUCAGACGCUGGACGCUACGGCUGCAGAGUGGAAAUGCCAGGCUGGUUUAAUGACCAAAAACAUCACUUUGAGCUGCAAGUGAUCAAAGGUGUGCAGACGACAACAGAGACUUCUGCAGAGACAACCACAGAAGGUCAGCUGACCUCCACCGUGAGCAGGUUAACCUCCCCCUCCCCCUCUCCAUCAUCCCCCUCCAGCAGCAUGAAGGCAGAGGUGAGCAGCGGUGAGAUUCUGGUUCUGGUCUUGGCUGUUUUUGGGUUAGAGAUUCUGACCAUCCCAUCUUUAAUCCUGGUUUUCAGUGAGUCAGACCUGAGCUGUCUUUCUUCUGUCCUCUAA